AGCGUGCUUCUACGCGCGCGCGCGCACGCACGCAGACGCACAAAUGAGCCAAAAUGACGCACAAUUUACACACGAGAGCGCUGUACGACAUGUAGGAACCAUGAGAUGAUUUCAUUCAGUCCAACUAUAUAUGAGCUUAUACCAUCAGGAGUUUCUAUCACAGGACAGUGACAACACAGAUGAACAUGUUGCUGCUGAAUAAGGUUCCUGUAUGGCUUUCUGCAUUUACUCUGCUUUUGCUGACUCAGGACUCCGUCUCCACAUCAGAGGUCACAGCCUGUGGAGUGACGGUGGAUCCACCUGCCAAUAUUGAAAUAAAAGACCCUGGCUUCCUGGGUUACCUCAGUAUUCACUGGACGCAGCCAGCCAGCCUUCAGAACCUUACAGAUUGCAGAGUACGAUACCAACUCCAAUACUAUGACACCUAUGAGGAACGAUGGAGGAGUGUCCGAACUGUAAAGUUGACUUAUGCUGCCCAGUUUGACCUUGAGAAACCAGUCAAGGUGAGAAUACUCACUAUGUUAAAGUGUGCCUGCACCAAUGGGACAGAGGUCCAAGGGGAGGAGACAGAGAAAGUAUACACACCUGAACCUACAGGUAUGGCAGGAUCAAGAAUAAGAGAUUUUCAUUGUGUCUACUAUGGAAAGGAGUACAUGGAAUGCACCUGGGAGUCAGGACCUGUCCAGCCUCCAAAUUCACAGCACUACCUCUAUUACUGGCACAGGGAAAUGGAUGAAACAAAGGAAUGUCCAGAAUACAUCGUAUUAUCUGAGGUUCGGAGAGGAUGCAGGUUUCCUCGAGAAUCGCUCUUAGAGUUCUCCAAGUUUAAUAUGUGUGUAAAUGGAUCGUCUCCAGCAGAAAGUCUGAGAACAGCCUACUUCUCUAUUGAGGUUCAAAAUCAUGUAAAACCAGCAGUGGUAUCCUCUGUGCAUGUGUCAGAGAUGGAUGGACUGUUGAAGUUAGAUUGGUCGCCACCUAGUGGUCAGGUGCCAGAACACUGCCUGGAAUAUGAGAUAGAGAGCAGCACUCUAAUGGCAAAUGGCAAAGAACUGCAGCAAAGAAAGGUUCUGGAGAAUGUAGUUCUGGACACAUCUUAUGACCUCCGGAAAGAAGCAGAAAGUAAGAAAACUUGCUUUCAAAUCAGGUCAAAAGUGAGCAUGUACUGCGCUGAUGAAGGAUUCUGGAGUGACUGGAGCCAAACAAAUUGUACAGAAGAGAAGGAAACGCAAUACGUGGAAACAUGGAAUCAUCUCAGUCUGGUUGGCCUGGUUGUCAUUAGCAUUGCUGGAGUCAUCAUCCUUUGUCUUUCACUGUGGAUAUUAAAAAAGAUUUGCAUAAAAAAGAGCAGCAAGAAGGAUGCCCUUUACACUUUGUACAAGCAGAAGGUCAAUGAGACCAUGCCCACAAUCCUCAGUCCCAUUUUCAAGUGAUGCUCCCUACGACCUGCUAUGCUGCAUUACCGUUCAGCAGUUCUAGACUGCACUAAAAGCACAUUAAUCAGAGAAAUAAACACAAGGAGUGAGACUUCAACGCCCUUCCAGAGUUUACCUUGUAGUGCAUUUAAAGUGAUAGCUGUUAGGACCAGUAAUCUUGUGGAACAGAUAUGUGGACCUGAAUGAACCACAGCACUGACCUGAAUGUAUGAGGCACUUUGUUUACCAAGCCACUAUGCUACCUGAUGUGUUUACACACGUAAAAUGUGUCACUUAAAGUUACUCAUAGAUUUUUCAAAUGCCAAUGAUCUUGCCAAUUUUGCCUACUCUUUAUUUUUCUAUGAGCUUUUUUUGCUGUUUUGCCUUGAUGUAUGACUUUUUCAAUAUUUUAGGUUAUUUUACCUCAUACAUCAUGAAGAAUGAGUAAGAGUGUUCGUUCAGAAAAAGUGCAAGCUUUCAUAUACAUUAUUAAAAUCACAUUUUCUUGAAUUUA